CACCAUAACGUACACUGAACUUGUUGUGGUACGGCGUUUGUACAGGCUCGUCUCUGCUCGUUAUUCAACCAACAUGAUUGUCACCCAUUCUGUCGAUCUUCCAACGAUAACCCUGCCGAACAGCGCCCUCAGCGGUGUUCAGUUGGUCACCAAGGAAGAUUGCAAAGGAUUCACAGUCUACGAGGCACGCAUACCAGCGAAUGCAGUGGUUCCGUUAAGAUCCCCUGACGACACGAAAAGCUUCCACAUCUACUACUGCAUCAGUGGAAAUGGUAAAAGCACCGCACAAGAUGGCGACCGAAAAGACGUCACCCCAGACACUGUGGUGGCGCUCUCCUGUGACGUCACAUUCGAGUUGACGGUAGCUGCAGAGAGUGGAAUGCGGUUGUUCGUAACCUACUGUCCAGCCGUUGACGUGGAGAGUAAAUCGCUAGCUGUGGUUCGACACUUAUCCGAACUGCUCGGCACAGAGAGAGAUAUCGACUGGGGAAAAGGCAACAGUCGGCGAUUUCUCAUAAAGGAAGAUGGCUUCCCGUUGGGCCUCCACAACACGUGGGUGUACCCUAAGACGUCAACAAGGUUGGGAUAUCAGAACCACAUCGAGGGUGUCUACUACAUUUCAGGUCAGGUGACCUAUAGUUGGGAGGAUACCAGCGGCGAAUGGGUGCACGCAGACACGAAGACAAACACGGAGAACGGGACCAACUACCUGAUGAAUAUUCAUGAUCCUCACAUCGUGAAAUCUGAUGAGAAAGAUUGCUACUGCAUAUGCAUUUUUGAUCCCGUUUUGAAUGGGAAAGAAAACCACACUCUUACCGAAGACGGGUUUUCAGGAUACGAACAUUCAAAAUGAAGAUUCAAUAUUAAUUUGAAUGAGGCUGGUGUGAAUAAAAACAGCAAAACAAUAAGUUGAGUAUUUAAAUCUUAACAAAAUAAUAAAUCUAGCGUUACAAUUUGGUAGCUGUAGUUUCAGUUAGUAGGCAAUAAAAAAUUACCUAAUUAAUGUUUUGCCUCAUUGCAAAACAUAAACAUUCACAAACUACACGCCAGACCUCUUCUUUCACACAUUCCCUUUAGUUUGCACAUCACUUCCGCAAAACUAUAAAGAUACGGGGCUAGAACUCCCUGGAAAAUUCUCUUCGGAAGCUUAAUUGUCAAAGACCAGUCUUCGCACUUGGUGUAUCUCAACAUACGCAUCAAAUAACAAACCUGUGAA